AUGGCAAAGUACUUUGUUUCAGUGGUUAAGAAAGCCAUUUGUCCACAAUCACAUUGUAGUCUUCUCCUUCGAGAAUUGCCUACACACCUUGUCACCAAGUAUGUGAAGAAAUCUUCAUGUUUUUCCUUAACCAAUAUUUUAUACUUAGUGAGAGGGAGUAAUGGAUCGCCACAGCCAGGUUCAAGAGGAGCAGAAGCUCUUAAACAUGUAGCUCCUGGUUCAUCUAUUUCUGUUAAAUAUCACCCACUUUUUGGUCCUCAUGAUGACCUCCUCCUUCUAGAGCUUGAUGAGAAACUUCUCCCAGAUGUUCUGCAUGAAAGGGUGGUCUUGAGAGGACAGCCUGAUGAAGAUGCAGUUCUUUGUACUCAAUCCAAAACAUAUGCUAUGAAGUUUGUUGGAACUUCCAAUUCGGUUCUGCUUGUACACCAGCCAUCAUUCAGAAUUUUGUGAAAUCCACAAAAGAAUGAUAGUAAUAAGGAAGAAGAGAAAGUUGCAUCUGUAAUCAAAGUUGUAUGUAAUAUGGAGCUUGUCGAGGCAGCCCCCAGACUUGAUAAACUUAAGUCUUUACUAUUAGAAAAGACUUACAAUUUUGAGGACUAUGAUGUGGGAAAUUUAGAAGACAACCAGGAAUCUACAAUAGGAUUAUAUAGCUGGAAUGAUCUUGUCCACAAUAUCCAAGCUAGUGAUGAGGAGUUAAGGUCUGGACUGCAGGCUCUUUCCGCAGUGGAGAUUAAUGGAUAUUGGAGAUUAGUAGAUGGGAGUUACAUGGACAUGAUUCUUGGAAUGCUUUUGAAAAAUUCGGUGUUAAAUGAUUGGUCACUUAAUGCUUUAAACGAAGAUGAAGUUGUGAGUACACUGGUAUCAGAUGGAUUUCCUGGGGUGCUAGCAAGGCAUUGUUUCCAUACAUAUGGCACCAAAGUAAAUGAAGGCAUGCCUGGCUGUGCCUGGAAAUUGGACGAGAAGCGAGUAUGUAUCCAUUUUGCAAGAGAAAUCCUGAAAGGGGGUAAAAGGAAGUUAGAGAGUUUCAUGGAUGAAUGGAGGCAGAAGGUUCCAGAUGGAAUGCAGCCCAGUAUUGAUCUUGUGGAAGGAGAGGUAUUAAUAGAGAGAGUUGGAGUUGAGACAUGGAUUCGUGCCUUCAGCGUCGCAUCUUUGCCUUCGACUCCAGCUGCGUUCACCAUUCUUUUCAGAGAGAGGACAAAAUGGGAAUGGAAAGAUCUGCAGCCGUAUGUCAGAGAUCUGAAGAUACCAGGUCUUUCUUCAGAAGGUUUGCUACUCAAAUACACUCGAAGGACGCAACCAUCGCCUGAUGCGGAACCAGUUUUCAGCGCAAGAUAGUAUGUACUUAAGUACUUUCAACAGUCAUUAUUUCUUUCCCCUGCUCCUCACUUUAGAUUGACCUUGUCUAGUAAUUUUAUAUAGAAGUUUAGAAUUAUUUUCUAUUUCUACUA